AUGGAGGAUGACAACGGAUACGCGGGCGGGGAUUCUAGUUCGGAUAAUGAAUCCACGUCAUCUAGUCCUAGGAACGGGCCAUUUGGUGGCGAAGGAACCGACGACGGAAACGUGAGGCUUGAGCACGAAUUAGGUGUUGAUCAUGAGCAGGCCGAUCCUGCUGAUUCGGACUACAUGAGCGAAUCCAUGAUGGGCUCCGGCGAUGAAUAUGAAUAUAUUGGGGAUUCGGACAUUGACAUGGGGUAUGAAAAAGACCCUGAAGAAUCGGAGGUUAUUACGGGGUCCUACUCGGGAAGCACGAGUGAGGCAGAUGAGAUGGGACGUCUGCGAAGCAUGUUCUGGUGUGAUUCGCAGUCACGUCAGGACUAUCAGGAUUUCGGCGACGUCGUCGUGUUUGACAGUACCUACAAGAUGAACCGGUAUGGCAUGCCAUUCAUUCCCUUUGUUGGUCUGAACAAUCAUCAUAAGACCACAGUUUUUGGGUGCGCCAUCGUUUCAGACGUGACUGAAGAAACGUACGUAUGGCUGCUCCAAACAUUCUUGAGAGCCAUGUGUCAGAAGAAACCGAAGGCUGUGAUCACUGAUGGUGACGCUUCUAUGAUCAGGGCUAUUGGGGCCGUCCUCACAGGCGUAUGGCACCGUCUAUGUUCUUGGCACAUAGAGAAAAACAUGAAGAAGCACCUUAGUUUCAAAUCAACAAAAGAUUUCUGGUCUCUCUUAUACUACACCACUUCAGAAGACACAUUCGAAGACAGGUGGAACGCGUUUGUUCAGAAAUGGCGGACAGAUAGAACAGAACCAUGGCUGAGGAGGAUGUACAGAAAGAAAAGACUGUGGGCUGCGUCCUAUCUCUCGGGAGGAGUUUUUCUAGGUAUGAAAAGCAAUCAAAGAAGUGAAAGUCUGAACACAUGCCUCCACCUUCACCUUGACUUCGGAAUGACUCUCGUCGAUUUGAUAGUGCACUAUGAGAACGUAAUUGUUCGUAUCCGCGAGGCAGAGGCAAGUGAUGACUGCAGCUGUUCUCAGACACUAGCUGUGGCAGUUACAAACUGUAAGGCGAUCGAGGUGGCCGCUUCACGUGUGUUCACUCCGGCAAACUUUUAUAUGGUGCAGAAAGAUCUCAAGAAUAUUGGCGGCCUACAAGUGUUUGAUGUACACGACGGAGAUCCUCGCCGUUUCAUCGUUGGAUGGAAAACAACAACAGGUACAGGUUCCGUGGACUACACACCUGGAAGUUUUGAAGAAACUAUCAAGUGCAGCUGUCGUAGGAUGGCUUGUAAGGGUCUCCCUUGCAAGCAUAUCCUCUACAUACUAAAGGUAUUGAAAUUGGAAGAAAUUCCUCAGUGUUGUGUUCUUCCACGCUUCUCGAAAAGGGCCAGGCAUGGAGUGCCCGCGAGGCGAAACAAAGAUCUGUUUGCAUGGGCCUGGUACAUCGCCACCGCCUGGUCGGACAGCAACGUGUGCGGGAAAUACCCGUUCGCCGCUGCGUCGUCCGUCCGGCGGCUGCUGCCACCGCGUCCCCACCCGUCGCCGCGGCCGCUGCCGAAUAUGGUCGCGAGGGAGAAAGAGGCGCAAGGGAGAGAUAGAGGUGAGAUGGCGGUGUGGGGAUCGGCGAGGGAGGCGGGGGGUUUAUAA